AUGGGUGCACGCUGGUGUUUGGUGUUAUUAGCGUUGGUGCUUGUUAGCGCCAUACAGUCGCAGGAGAGCUCACCAUCCGACAAAGAGUGGUGGGAAACGGCAUUGUUCUACCAGAUCUAUCCACGAUCGUUCUACGACACGAAUGAUGACGGUGUGGGAGAUGUGAGAGGUGUAACGGCGAAGCUGCAGUACCUGAAGGAUACGGGCAUUGAUGCGACGUGGUUGAGUCCAAUCUUUAGCUCACCGCAGGAAGACUUCGGGUACGAUGUGUCCGACUUUAAGCAGGUCGAUCCGUUGUUCGGUACGAAUGCUGAUCUGGAGCAACUGUUUGCCGAAGCGAACAAGCUGGGAGUGAAGAUUGUGCUGGACUUUGUGCCGAACCAUACGAGCAAUCAGCACCAGUGGUUCAUCGAUUCGGAGCGCGGUAUUGCCCCGUACAGGGACUACUAUGUGUGGCGCCCGGCAAGGAUGGUGAAUGGACAGCGUAUGCCGCCAAACAAUUGGCAAUCGGUAUUCUACGGUUCUGCCUGGGAGUGGAGUGAAAUGAGAGGCGAGUAUUAUCUGCACCAGUUCGCUAAAGGACAGCCGGAUCUAAACUACCGCAAUCCCGCGGUAAUUGCCGAGUUUGAUGAAGUGCUGCGCUAUUGGAUGCAGCGUGGAGCGGCCGGAUUCCGAGUCGAUGCCAUCAACCAUAUGUUCGAACAUCCGGACUUUAUCGAUGAGCCCAUCAACAAUCCGGAGGAUCCGAACAGUUACGGAUACACGCAUCACAUUUACACGAAGGAUCUUCUGGAAACGUACGACGUAAUCGCUCACUGGCGCUCGGUUUUGGAUGACUUUUCGCGCCAACAGGGUGGUGAUGCUGUCAUUAUGAUGACGGAAGCGUACGCCAAUCUGACGAUGACCCUACGUUACUACGAGUCGGACGAUGGUAGGCAGCAGCGGGCCCAUUUCCCAUUCAACUUUGUCAUGAUCGAAGAACUGGGCGCAUGGUCAAACGCGAAGGACUUUAAGCGCGUUAUCGACCGUUGGUUGGGCAAUGUGCCGCGCGGUAAGGCUACCAACUGGGUGUUGGGCAACCAUGAUAAGCCGCGUGUUGCUAGCCGAUACGGCGAGGAGCGUGUCGAUGGAAUGCAGUUGAUGUUGCUGAUGUUGCCCGGUGUGGCCGUAACGUACAAUGGCGAUGAGCUGGGUAUGAUCGACCAUCGGGACAUCUCGUACGAGGACACGCUCGAUCCGCAGGGUUGUAAUCUUGGUCCGAAUGGGUACAGGGAUGCUUCACGUGAUCCUCAGCGUGUACCGUACCAGUGGGACGAUUCGUAUAAUGCCGGGUUCUCGAAGGCACCCCGUACCUGGCUCCCGGUACAUCCGUACUACCGGCAGACGAACCUGCUGAAGCAACAGGAGGCCGACUACAGCCACUACAAGUUCUAUCUGGAUGCAGUUGCAAUGCGCAAGCAUCGCAUCUUCACACACGGCCACUUCAAAUCGCACGCAUUCGGUGACGGUGUGUUUGCGUUCGUGCGUUACCUGCGCGAAUAUGAGGACCGAAUGGAUGAUCCCUACCGGGUGGUGCUGAUUAAUUUCUACGACCAACAUAUAACGAUCGACGUAAACGACCUGUACGAAAUCCGCAACCGCACGCAGGUGUAUCUUGUCGGUACGGAAUCGCGACACAAGGUCGGUCGUCUGCUGGAUGCAAAGCAAGUCUCACUCGGACCAUGGGACUCGAUCGUGCUCGGUCCGGUAUCGGGUGGAGUACGGGCUGUUCUUUCCCUUGGAUUAGUCAUCGUAGCGGUGGUAAAAUCGCUCCUCUUCUAG